AUGAAUCAGACCUACUUGAUCCUCUCAAUAUCCCUCAAACCCGUACCCCAGCCCUCAAACCCGUACCCCAGCCUCAAACCCGUACCCCAGCCUCAAACCGUUCCCAGCCCUCAAACCCGUACCCAGCCUCAAACCCGUACCCCAGCCCUCAAACCCGUACCCCAGCCCUUAACCCGUACCCCAGCCCUCAAACCCGUACCCCAGCCCUCAAACCCGUACCCCAGCCUAAACCCGUACCCCAGCCCUCAAAACCCGUACCCAGCCCUCAACCGUACCCCAGCCUCAAACCCGUACCCCAGCCCUCAAACCCGUACCACAGCCCUCAAACCCGUACCCCAGCCCUCAAACCCGUUCCCCAGCCCUCAAACCCGUACCCCAGCCCUCAAACCCGUACCCCAGCCCUCACCCACCCAGCCCUCAAACCCGUACCCCAGCCCUCAAACCCGUACCCCAGCCCUCAAACCCCUCCCCCAGCCCUCAAACCCGUACCCCAGCCCUCAAACCCGUACCCCAGCCCUCAAACCCGUACCCCAGCCUUAA